UAUGUUAAAUUUAUCUAAUUUAUGGUUUGCUUGGAGUAAAUAAAGCAAAUUAAAAGAUCAUUAUGAAAUAGAUGGAAGAAAAGUAAACAAUUAAAUUGUAUCUUUAAGUCAUUAGGUCCAUCAAAAUAUGGUCAGGUUAUUAAAUAUAAAGAGAAAAAAAAAGAUGGUUAAAUUAGAAUUGUUAAGGUUGUUCCUAAAAUUAAAAUUAUAAACUAAUUAAGAUUUAAAUAAGAGAUAAACUAAUUGCGUUAUUUAGUAAUUUGUUAAAUUUAAUGUAGAAUCAUGAAAAUAUUACAAGAUUAAUUGAAUUAUUUGAGGAUGAUAAGAAUCUAUAUUUUGUAAUGGAGUAAUCUCUAUAUAAUAUAAAACAGAUAUUGUGAUGGAGGGUCAUUAUUUGAAAAGAUUUUAUUGAGAUAUCGACUUAAAUAGGGAGAAGCUAGGUAUAUUUUUUAACAAAUCAUAAAUUCUCUUAAUAUUGCGCAUAGAUCUGCUUUAUGUUAAAGAGAUUUAAGGGUAUUGAAUAUAUUUUAUUAGUUAGCCUGAAUCUUUUCAUUUUAUAAAUAGAGAUAUUAAUAAUUUAGAUAUUAAAUUAAUUGAUCUUGGAUUCUAACUUAUAUAUGUAGAUGAUUAUAUAAAGAAAUCUAAUAAUUAAAUAAUAGAAACAUCUCGAUAAGGAAAAGUAUUUGAUAAUUAAUAAAAUUAGUUAUAUUUUACAGCUCCUGAAAUAUUUAAUGGAAAAUUAACAGAGAAAAGUGAAAUAUGGGCUGCUGGAGUAUUAUUGCAUGUUAUGCUUACAGGCGAUUUACCUUUUGAUGGGAAAGAUGAAAAUGAAAUUUAUAAGAAUAUUUAAGAGAAUAAAAUUUAAUUAAAAACAAAAGGAACUGUUUCUGAUCUCAUUUAGAAAAUCUUAUAACCAUAAGAAAAAAGAUAUUAAAUAUUUUAGAUUUAAAAACAUUAAUGGAUGAGUCAAUAAUUUAAUGAAGAAGAAGAAAAAUUAGAUAUAAACUUUUGCAAAUUAAAAGAGUUAACUUAAAAUAAUUUUCUUUAAAAAGUAACAAAUUUUUAACUUAGAUUAUGAGAGGGUAUGUUGCUGAUUAAGUAAAAUAAGGAUUAGCAGAAAAUUUAAGAUUAAUUUUUGAUUAAUUAGAUAUUUCAGGUAGUGGAUUCAUCAAAAUUGACUUAAUAUAAAAAGCUCUUGAAAAACAGAAAGAACAUGAAGAUAUUCUUAAAUUAUUAAAAUAUGUAUAAACUGAAGAUGGAACCAUUAAUUAUUUAGGUAGAUUCAAUUAAAACAAUAAUAGACUUUAUGAAUUAGAUACUAGAGAAAAGAGUUUUUGUAGAUGAAGAAAGAAUAUAUAACACCUUUAAAAUAUUUGAUUUGAAUAACAAAGGGAAAAUUUCAAAUGAAAAUCUUUGGGAAAUUUUAUCCAAAAUAGAAAAUUAUAAAUAUAUUACUAAAGAAUAUUGCUCCUUAUUAAUUAACGAAGUUGAUAGAGAUUAAGAUGGAGAGAUAGAAUAUUUAGAGUUUAUUGAUAUGUUUUUCAAAAGAGUAUGA